AUGGGUUCCCAAGCUCUUCAGAUACUGCGGCAGGGGGUGUGGGCUUCAAUCACAGGAGGCUGGUAUGUGGACCCCCACCAGAGCACAUUCUCCAACUGCUUCCACCUGUACCUCUGGAUCUUUCUCCUGGCCUUCCCUUUCCUGCUAUACAUGUCUCUCCCCCCCAGCCUGGUUGUGGCAGCUGUUUACUGUACUGUGGUGGCAGCCUUCUUCACAGCCAUAAAGGCAGUGAACUUCCACCUCCAUGCCAUGUUCGACCUGGGGGAGAUGGUGGAGAAGAGGCAGGUCUCGCACAUAACCAACGCCCCACGGCUAGAAGAGGGGGAUGAUGGGUCAGGAGGCCACGAUGGGAACCAGCAUAGGGACAGCAAUGUUGGUGUGGAGAUGACUGUGUUCAGAAAGGUCAACUCAACACCUCCAGUUCGCUGCAGCUCCCAGCACUCUCUGUUUGGACUCAACCAGGUGUCGGAGUUUUUGCCCCAGCUUGAUGACAGUAGAGGCUCCAAGGAUAUGAAGGAUCUGAUGCGAGAGCAAUGCAGCAAUAACUUGAUUGUCACGUCAGCUCGCCGGGAGAUCUUCUGCCACAGCUCCCAGGACCCCAUCCAUGUUGCCAACAUGGUCCCGUCCUGCUUGGCUGCUGCUGUAGGGGGAGAGUUCCCUGAUCUAAGGGGAGUAGGAACAGGGAUAGCAGGGGGAUUUGGUAGCUUCCAACCUGGGAUGUGCAUCUCCAUCCCCCCGUCCCCCUCCAGUCAGGAAGACGGAGGAGAGAAGGGCCAAUUGGAGGAGAUUGAGGGCAUGCUGGAGCAGCUGUCCCAGCAGAGUCCUGAGGAGCCCUACUCCCCCUUGGGCCCCUCUGCUGAGUCAGAGAGCCUGGGGGACGCUCCCAUCAGCCCUCUUAUAAAGAGCAGUCUGAGUGAGGAGCUAAGUGAGAACCUGCUUGGGCUGGGCCUUGACCCCGUGGCCUUCGCCCCGGGAACAGAGCACCCAGGCAGCCGCAGUGGAGUGGCCAUGACUGCCGGCUCCACAGACAGCUGCUUCAGCGGGGGCGGAGUGACCACGGACCGUGAGACCCUCAGCACAGUCAGCAGCUACCGCAGUGAGAAGACUGACUCCACCCAGCUGGAGAGCCCUUCACUCAGCCUGACACAUAACAUAGACUCAGGGGCGCCAACCUCUGCCCCAGCCCUGGGCACCAGUACCCUAGAGCCAGCAGAGGAGCCUGUACUGCAGGGGGGCAGUGAUACUGACGAUCUGUCGGACAGCGAACUACUGCGCUCCCCCUCCAAAGAGCUCUCUCUGGGCCAGGGGCUUGAUAAGACACUAGUGGAAGGGGAAGAUUUGCCACCAGAUAUUACACAGCCCCCCUCCCUCCAGGACUUGUCUCCCUCCAGUAGUGGGCACUCAGAGGCAUGUGAUCUGGACAGGACGGUCCCCGUUCCCCCCCGCCCCCCUCCGCGGCAGGCUAGCUCGUUGCCGUCAGGGCUGGCCCUGGGUCUAGUGUCUUCUGAACCUGAUCAUCCUGUCUCCUCUAUCCCCUUCCUGCCCUCUGAGCAGCCCUUUCUGCAGGCCCAGCAGGUCGUGCGCCCCAAAGACUUGAAGCUGCUGCGGACCGGUGGUGGUUGUGUUGGCCACCAGCCUGGCCGCAGGAAAGCCCCUCGCAAGCGAGGUGGAGGGGGAAGCAGCAGCUUUGACUGUGGCUCCUACAGGAGCCACCACGGACAGCACAGAGACUACAUCCCAGUGCGCAGUCGGCUGGAGGCUAAGACCUACAGCGAGAGCCUGUUUGAGGACUCCAGUGACGAGGAUGACGGCUCCAGUGUGGGCUCCCAGAGACACUACAGCUCUGACGAUGAUGAUUCCAGCUCCUCUACCUCCUGCUACUCCCCCGACCUCGCUAACACUGGCGUUACGAACCCGCCCCCCUCCACCCAGCUGCCCAUCCCCAGGGAAGGAACGUUGUCCGAGACGUCUGGCCCCAUCCUCUCCCAGAGGCCACAGAGGUCAGCCAGCACGGCUAGUGCUAAGACUCAUGCCAGGGUGCUCAGUAUGGACGAGGCCGGUGGGGGCCACACUAACACUGUGGUCCUGCCCUCCACCAUGCUGACCACCCCUGCCCCACGACCCCUCACCAUCUCCAAGUCAGACCUGGAGGCCCGGACCAGCCACACAGACGGCUUCCCUGGAACUCACCACCAUCGCCUGGACUCUCUGGGAGGCUCCUGGGCUGGCAACCAGAUGGGCUGGAGGGCCGGGGAACUGGUGGAGGAGGGAGCUGUGGGGGGAGCCCUGGCCCCAGAGGAGGGGGGCAAGCGGGACUCAGUGAGCAGUGUGAAGAGGACCCAGGCCAUUCGCAGGCGACACAACGCGGGGAGCAACCCCACACCACCCCCCUCUACCAUGGGCUCCCCACCCAGUCUCCAGGACCUCCAGCGUGCCCGUACCUCCUCACACUCACGGACCCGGACCCUGCCCUCUGCCUUACAAUUUGCCACCUCACUACUGCUGCCCCGCGCGGGGGUCCACGACGCCUCUACCUUCGACGACACCACAGAGGGGGCUGUGCACUACUUCUAUGAUGAGGGUGGAGUGAAGAGAUCGUACACGUUUGGACCUGCAGGAGGCGGUUAUGAGGACCCGGUGGUGGAGCGGGAAAGACGGUCCCAGUCCUCCAGCUUCACCUCCAAUGAUGUCCAGGAUGGGGCACCGGUGCUCACAGUGCUCCAGCCCAGGCCUGUGGUUCUGCAGGGCAUGCAGGUGCGCAGGGUGCCCCUGGAGAUGUCAGAUAUGCCAGAGUUUGACCUGGACCAUGAAUCUCUGCAUGAGUCCCAGGAGAACACGCUGAUGAUCGAAGAGAAGGCCAAGCCCAAACACUACUACCGCUUCUGGGUGCUGCCAGGCAAGUGGCUGAGGGUGCGUUACGACCGUCUGGCCCUGCUGGCACUACUGGACAGGAACCGUGGUGUAGGGGAGAAUGUGUUUGCGGUGGUGCUGGCCAGCAUGGUGGCCUUCCUGGGGUUCCUGCUCCUCUUGCAGGGUUUCUUCAGGGACAUUUGGGUCUUCCAGUUCUGCCUGGUCAUCGCCAGCUGUCAGUACUCACUACUAAAGAGUGUUCAACCAGAUGCAGCCUCCCCAAUGCAUGGCCAUAACUGGGUCAUCGUGUACAGUCGGCCCGUCUACUUCUGCCUGUGCUGUGCUCACGUCUGGGUGUUUGACCUGGCUGGGCGCUCGGGCCACCUGCAGCCUUUCUCCCUCUACGGCGUCACCUUCUUCUCCGCUCACUUCCUGCUCUGUGCCAGGGAUGUGCUCAUAGUGUUCACCUUGUGUUUCCCCAUCAUUUUCCUGUUUGGGCUUGUACCUCAGGUCAACACCUUCCUCAUGUGUCUUCUGGAGCAGGUCGACAUGCACAUUUUUGGGGGAACGGCCACCACCAGCCCCCUGUCGUCCCUGUACAGCCUGUUACGCAGUGUGUUGGUGACCGCGCUGCUCUAUGGGUUCUGUCUUGGUGCUAUCAUUGCUCCCUGGGAACAUCCCCAUGUGCCAGUACUGUUCUCUGUGUUCUGUGGUCUGCUCCUGGCCUUCUCCUACCACCUGAGCCGCCAAAGCAGCGACCCCAUCAUCCUGUGGUCUCUGGUCCGCUCCAAGUUCUUUCCUGAGCUGCUGGGUCGGACCCCUGAGGAGCCUCCUCUGGAGAUCAAAGACCCCCUGCCUGAGAAACUACGCAACUCUGUGAAAGAGAUGUUCCACUCUGACCUGGUCAUGUGUCCCCUCAUGGCUGUCAUCACGUUUGCCAUCAGUGCCAGCACUGUCUUCAUCGCUCUGCAGCCUGCUCUAAGUUACGUCCUGUACAUGGUGGCCGGGGGGGUGGGCUUCCUCACACACUACCUGCUGCCUCAGCUCCGCAAGCAGCUGCCCUGGUUCUGCCUGGCCCACCCUGUCCUCCGUUCUCGAGAGUACAGCCAGUUUGAGGUCCGCGAUGCCGCCCAGCUGAUGUGGUUUGAGAAGCUGUAUGCGUGGUUGCAGUGUUUGGAGAAGUAUUUCAUCUACCCGGCGGUGGUGCUCAACUCCCUCACUACAGAAGCCCAGCUUGUCAGCCAGAACCCAAUGAAACUGGACAUCUAUGGCCGUGCUCUGUUCAUCUCUCUGGCGGGGAUGAAGCUGCUGCGCUUGUCGUUCUGCGCCCCGUCCCUGCAGUACGUCACGCUGUGCUUCACCGCCCUCUUCUUCCUCUUCGACUACCCACACUUCUCAGAGACCUUCCUGCUCGACUAUUACCUCAUGUCUAUCCUCUUCAGCAAGCUCUGGGACCUGCUCUACAAGCUGCGUUUUGUUCUCACCUACAUCGCUCCCUGGCAGAUCACCUGGGGCUCCGCCUUCCACGCCUUCGCCCAGCCCUUCGCUGUGCCCCACUCAGCCAUGCUGUUUGUCCAGGCUGUGUUCUCUGCUCUCUUCUCCACCCCCCUCAACCCUGUCCUGGGCAGUGCUGUGUUCGUCACCUCCUACACCAGGCCUGUCAAGUUCUGGGAGAGAGACUACAACACCAAGCGGGUUGAUCACUCCAACACUCGACUGGCCACCCAGCUGGACCGCAACCCAGGUGCUGAUGACAACAACCUGAACUCUAUCUUCUAUGAACACCUGACGCGCUCUUUGCAGCACAGCCUGUGUGGUGAUCUGCUGCUGGGCCGCUGGGGAAACUACACCACAGGAGACUGCUUCAUCCUGGCCUCCGACUACCUCAACGCCCUGGUGCACAUCAUCGAGAUCGGCAACGGCCUGGUCACCUUCCAGCUGAGGGGGCUGGAGUUCAGGGGUACUUACUGCCAGCAGCGGGAGGUGGAGGCCAUCACCGAGGGGGUGGAGGAGGAUGAGGGCUGCUGCUGCUGUGAGCCAGGCCACCUGCCUCACAUGCUCUCUUUUAACGCAGCGUUUGGCCAGCGCUGGCUGGCCUGGGAGGUGGCCGCCACCAAGUACGUCCUGGAGGGCUACAGCAUCAGCGACAACAACGCCGCCUCCAUGCUGCAGGUGUUCGACCUGCGCAAGAUCCUCAUUACCUACUACGUCAAGAGCAUCGUAUACUACGUCAGUCGAUCUCCUAAACUGGAGGAGUGGCUGGCCAAUGAGAUGGUGCAGGAGGCGCUGCGGCCCUGCCUAGGCCCCGCCUACGUGGACAGUGACCCGACCUUCAACCUGAACAUAGACGAAGACUACGACCACAGGGCCUCUGGCGUCACCCCCAGCUCCUUCUGUAUGGUCUACCUGGACUGGAUCCAGUACUGUAACAGCAGACGCCAGACGCCGGUGGAGGAGAGCGAGAGAGACUCUCCUCUGGUCACCCUGUGUUUUGGCCUGUGUGUCCUGGGGAGAAGGGCUCUGGGCACAGCCUCCCACAGCAUGUCUGCCAGCUUGGAGCCUUUCCUGUACGGCCUCCACGCCCUGUUCAAGGGGGACUUCCGCAUCACCUCUCCCAGGGAUGAGUGGGUGUUUGCAGACAUGGACCUGCUGAACAGGGUGGUGGCCCCCGGGGUGCGCAUGUCCCUCAAACUGCACCAGGACCACUUCACGUCUCCAGACGAGUACGAGGACCCGGUGGUUCUGUACGACGCCAUCACGGCCAACGAAGAGAAGAUGGUGAUCAGCCACGAGGGCGACCCGGUGUGGCGCGGCGCCAUUCUGGCCAACAUGCCCUCGCUGCUGGCCCUGCGCCACGUCAUGGACGACGGCAGCGACGAGUACAAGAUCAUCAUGCUCAACAAGAGGUUCCUCAGCUUCAGGGUCAUCAAGGUGAACAGGGAGUGUGUCCGCGGGCUGUGGGCGGGCCAGCAGCAGGAGCUGGUGUUCCUGCGGAACCGGAACCCGGAGCGCGGCAGCAUACAGAAUGCCAAGCAGGCCCUGAGGAACAUGAUCAACUCGUCAUGUGACCAGCCCAUCGGCUACCCCAUCUACGUGUCGCCCCUCACCACCUCCUUUGCAGGCGGGCACACCCAGCUCCGCUCAGUCUGGGGGGGGCCUGUCAGCCCCCGUAACAUCUACGCCUGGCUCAUCAGCAGCUGGGACAGGUUACAGAAGGGUUGUGGAGCUGGCUGUAAUAGUGGGGGAAACAUCGAGGACUCUGACUGCGGCGGCGGCUCCACAUCCAUCUCCAACAACCCAUUGGCUCACACCACCCAGAGCACCCCGGCCUCCAGCCUUCCCCAGCCCCACUUCACCUUCAUCCACCCCCCCAUGGGAACUGACAACCCUGUGGGCCCCACCCCCACCUGGCCCCACCACCCUCAGCCCCUCCCCUUGGCUCUGCUCAGCCAGUCAGAGGGCAGGAUGGACGCUGGGCUAGCUACCUCCCUCCACCGGACCUCAUCCAUCCAGGGUCUCCUGGGUCAGCACCUGUCCAGCUCCCAGCUGUCCUUCAGCAGUUCUGUGGUCAUGGCUCCCCUGCCUGGCCCAGGCAGCUUCCUGGACGGAGGGCACAGAGGGUCCGGGCGGGCAGGACUGGGACAUGGCCUGCCCUACGAGGGUCUCUACGGGAAGUGGAGCAUGUCAGGCAGGAAGGGCUUCAACGGGCCAGCCGCAGCUGAGAGUGACGGUGGAGCUUCUCAGUUCAUACGGACACAGUCUACUCCUCCUGCACUGCCGCCUGGGGCCAGCCCAACACAGGACCCCCUGGGGGUCACCCAGUCCACUGAGACCACGCCCGGGGAGGAGUCCACCGAGCUGCCUUUACUUGAGCACCUGGGCUGAGUCUGCUCUGGAGAACCCCUGCAGCCAAAGCACAGCACUACCAUGGCCAGUUCUAGAGUGGGCCUGACCGGCUCCGACCGGACCUAUUCCAGCUUCCCAGAGUCAUUCCAAUGCUCUUCUCUCUCUCAAAGAGACUGGACUCUGAGGUCUGUUACGUUUCUGAUGGCAAAUCACAACAUCUCAACAUGUUUUGGAGUACAUUUCUUUUCAAGCCUUUGCCAUGCUGGAUGGAUCUGAGGUGUAAAUACGUUCCUGUUCUCCUCAGUGAACCACCACAAGGAUGCAUGUCAAAACUAACCCAUCCCACCAUCUCCCCUCCGAGGACUUGAAACUGGACCUCUAUUUGAUAGGCCCUCAAGAGUUUCUGUAACAAUGGUAACCCUAGCAGGCCAAAAAGCCAGUGCAAUUGUAAGGGAGUUUUUUCCUUAUGUAAUGUUUAGUUGUUUUUUUAUUAGUUUAGUUCGUUUGUCUUCUCCUUCACCUGAGACCUACCAGCAACAGCAUAAUGACUCAGAAAAGGGAACUCUAAUAUCCCUGUUGCUGUAUGUACAGGUGAAGCCAGAGUUACUACCAUAACAAGCCUUGUUCUUUACCCACACUCCCCAUCCCUGCUGCUCCAACCUGCUGCUCCAACCUGAUGCACCACUGUAGAACUAGUUCACGUUCACCACUGUGGGGAUAUCCACUCUGAAACUGCAAGGGUCACAUCAAGUGACUUGAACAGCUACAAUAUGACAGGGGUUGGCAACAGGCAGAUUUGAAACAUUUUAUUAGCAAAAAUAUAAAUAAUAUAUUUUUAUAUAGUUUUUGGUCAAGACUGUAAAAUCACCAGGAAUUCAGCAAAAAAUAUACAAAUAUUUAGGAAACCUGUU